AUGAUUGAGAUUCCCAAUCUUGAGGAGCUGGGACACUCCAGACAGGAGCUCAGACAAAUAGAACAACAGUAUGACGCCCAUUCCUUCGAAGAAAGUCCUGUCAAAGGAGUAUCUGCUACCCCAAUUAGCAACGAAGAAACACAACUUUAUGAACGUGACGAACUCCACAGUCCCCAAGGACUAGAUGAUACUCCUCUUGAAAGACCUACCCUACAACAAGAGCGAGAACACCAAUAUGAAUCUCCUGAAACCCCUCAUGCUCCAGAUAUAGACAGUGGAACACAGGCCUUUUUAGGCCCUGCAUUUGAUUAUGACCAUUCCCAACUGCCGCUUGUUUCAGCUCCCCAGCUUGUCAAUACGCAGCUGUCACCUCUACCUGCUGACCAGUACUUCCUGAGCAAGUAUCAGAGACAGGUCGACCAUAUGACUUCGGAGGAGACAAUUUACGAGAAUACUGAUGCUUUUAUGAUUCACCCAAGUUCAAUAUCUCUGGCCUUUGCGAAGCAUGGUGGAGCUUCUCCUAUUGAGGAAGUACCUACAAUUAGUAAAAAAGUGGCACCCCAAAUGACCCCGGUACGUCUCCCUCGCCAAAGACCGUCUCAGCCAUCGCAUCCUCUACGAAAGAUGGUUGCAUCAUCUCCUGAUCCUGACAUUAGCUCGGAAGCCAACAUGGGGAGUGUCAGUGAUUUUGGAGCCCUCGAUGAGUUUGAUACUUCUGGUCAGUCCAAUCGAUUACCUUUAUCCAAUUCUACGACAUUGCCAAUCGCUGCUUCGCUGAAUUUUCAGACUCCUCAGCCUCUUCAAAGCCAUAACUACAUCGAGCCUUCUCCACAGCUACCGCCUCCUCUAUCAGCUAAGGCACUGAAGCUUUCAUUUUCUCACGGAGAUGAGUUCGCUCAAAUGCGUCGUGUUAUGGCCACAGAACAGAAAACUCCUGCCGAGUAUACUCUUCACAUUGUAUUCACGCAAUUUGUGCGCCAUGCUGAACGCAAAUUGAAUAUGUGUCUUGAGUAUCCUUUGCUGAACGAACCUCCAAUUUUGGAGCUAUUAGCUCAUGGUGUUGAUCCGAACUUUGACAACAUUGUCUCUGCGCUUGGGUACAUCGCGAAAAGGAAGUCUAAACCGGUGAUUGACUCGGUGAUGUUUUGGAGAAAAUCCAAAAGCGAGGUAGCUGCAAUGGCAGCUUCUGAGGUGGAGAAGAUCUAUAAUGUUGCUCAAGGCGAUUUAGCAAGAAUCGCAACCUCUACAUCCAUGAGCAAAUCUUCUCAAAAUAGUCUACAGUCUAAGACUGCAAAGCCUCCAGGAAAAGGUAAAAGAAGCCUAUCGCUUAUGCAUACUAAGAGCUUAUCAAAGUUGUCACAUAAAAGAAAUAACUCUGCAUCAGUCGUUCCCACCAAUAGCAACGGAAAUCGAAGUUCUCUCGAUCAAGAGACUGGAACGCAAUCUCUGGAAUACACUAGGCAGAAGAAGUUUUAUGACGAGCAGAUUGCACAGGCUAGGGAUACUGCAAUUCAGGCUGAGCGCAAAUCUUUAGCUUCUAUCUAUAUUCUUUGUCGUGUUUUGAUUGAAGUAGUUAAGCAAGCCUCCUAUGAGGCAGUUGGAGAUGAUCUCGGUGAAAAGCUCGAAGAGAUUGUUUACACCCAGCUAAGAACUACGGAUCCCGUUACUACACGAGAAUCAUUCGUGCGACUGGCGAAUUGGAAUCUCUUCGCAGAACUUUUGGGAUAUAUGUCCGAGAAACGUUUCGUUAGUGUAAGCGAUAGGUUUAUCGCAGAUCUUGAGAAAGUACCGUCUUCUGUGAAGCAAACUGAAGAGCCCAACAUUUGCUUACUUAUUCAAGGUAUGAAGCACCUUAAGCUCUCGAAUUAUCCAUUGGAGGCUUUUGAGGAAAGUGCAGAAUUUCUCCAGUCUCUCACUAAAUUUUUCUCGCAAUCCCACAAUCACGUAAUCUCAAUUGCGUAUGCAAAGGUGAUAAGUGAUCUAAUCUUACCUUUGGCAACUCUGUUAACGGCAGAGGCUAACCACCCUCUUUGGGUAGAGACGAUCACUAAAAUCUUCGAGAAGGCCACAGUACUUUGCAAUCAUUCUUCAGCAAGACUUGUAAACAAUGCUACACUGUCAAUCCCAAGUAUGUCAUCCAAUGAAGUUGCAGCUAGUGCAAACGAUUGGGCUAUAGCUGUGGAAUUGAUGACGUCUAGUUUGGUUGUUGCUCCAAAGGAAUUGUUUGCAGAUCAUUGGUUCAAGAUGAUUGAAUUGAAUGCUUCCAAGCUAAAGCCCAAAGGCGACAUUGCUGAUAAGACUACACUUAUGGUGUGUGCGUCUAGACUACUCUGGGUUUACAUGAACAGGCUUCCUGAUACACUCAACAACACUAUGAAGCGCCUUGAGAAUUUCUUUGAGCUCAUUUUCUUUGGUCCGCAAGUCUCAGGUAAGAAGCAAUGGAUUGUAUUGGACACUAAUUUGAUUAAUGCUACAUCUGAAGUCAUAAGAAUAGUCGGUUUUCAUCAUUUUAAUUUCGUUCUUGAGAAUGUGAUCUUGAAACUUUUGAAAAGCAGCUUCAAUGGACUGACACUCGAGAACUGUUCUCCAGAGAAGCUCAUUUUGGUCAUUGAAUCUUAUAUGCUUUGUUUGAAAGAUCUAAAGCUGGGCGAGAAGCCAAAGUUCCCUACUGACAAGGUAUUUCUGGAGGAGUUUGCAUUUCGUUUCUGCCCACCUGACAACAUCCAGAAGAGCAAUAAGGUAGGUUUAACUAAAGAUCAAAAUCGUGAGCUUCGGAAGUGGAAUAAAAUUAUGUUUGAUUUCAAGAGCAUAAAAAACUUUGAAUCCCACGAAGACAUAUGUCGAACGAUUGCAUUGCUAUUCAAACUACUUGACAAUAGAUGCGGCAUGUCUGGAUGGACAAGCUCGGAGGGACCGGCGAGCGUGGGUAACAAUGUUAAAUCCUCUUUCUCGAGCUUCUCUUUCGGCUUGGACUUUUCAUAUCAAACAUCUAGGGAUGUAAACAAGGAUCUUUUUGCGGCAAUAAUAAAUGCUUGCGCUUGGUCAAUUGCUCCUCUUGCUAUCGACAAGGGCGCCUCAGGUAUCGGAAUAAGCUUCAAAGGUUGUGCUGAGAUACUCAUAAGAAACAGCAUUCAUUAUAAUGCUCAGAUCGCGAAUGCGUCUGUCAACGCACUUCUCAAGCUAGCUUCUAGAAAGGGAGCCGGUGAACUUAUAACUAUCUUUGGCAAGGUAGCUUUUCGGCUCACAGAGAAACCGGGCCCCCACUAUGAAUCAGACUACUUUAAUUCUGAAGAGUUUUUGAGAUUGUUACGAAUUUAUGUUGAGCUCCUCAGAUGUUGGUCGAUGCAAUUUAGUCAGGAAGCGGAAGACUUCUUAGCUCAACAGGAUAAUGAACUUAUGAACAGCGAUGUCCUUAACGACCUUUAUCAAAUUAAUUACAAGGCUCCUGACUUGACCAAUUUGGAGAUCCCCACCACCAAAUGGAAACCUUAUGAGGAACUCGAAUGGAAGAAUAUAGUGACUGUCGUUGAAGAGGUCGAGGGUAACGGACUUUUUUUCUUGUGUUCACAAGAUAGUCGAGUGAGAUCACUUGCUCUAUCAAUUUUGAGAAUUGUUGAACAGUUCGAUCAGUCACUUUACCACUUUACGGAUAGAAAAAAGGAGCCUUCGCCUAGCUCUGGUGGCACCAUGAAAGGUCAUUCAAGAAAUUCCUCAAAGUAUGUGGCAGACGAGGGGACAAGGUUAAUUCAUGUACUAGAAGAGGUGGACCUCAUGAGUCUUUUAAAGCCCUUGAAGCGUGAUUUGAGUGUUCCUGAGCGUACAAGGCUCUCAAAGAUCAAAGCCAAGAAGGGUCUCUUGACCAAAUUUGCUAGCUCAGACCAUGGUGUUGACAGUACCAUCUGGUUCAGGAUAUAUCCUAAGUUGUUGGAUAUUUUCUUCGAACGAUGUCCCAUGCCUGUUGCGAUGUGUCGCUCAAUUGUUUGUGUGAGACUCGUACAAAUGCAUGAGUUGGUGCUCGAAUUUUCGGAAAACUAUAAGAACUACACAUCAUCUCUAUUUUCAAGAAGCUCGACUUCCACGCCACCUGAAGUUCUAAUCAACCAAUGGAAACUAUACUUGAUUUUUGCAUGCUGCUCAUUGACCAGCACGAACGAUCAAAAAAUUUCGUUUCCGUCGCAGCCAACCCAUGGACAUAAGAAGCUGUUGACCAUGUAUAUUCAGCAUCAGAAAAUUACAAGUGCAAAGUCCGUAUUUCGGAUGGUCCUUCCUUUACUCAGCUCUCUUCAGCCUAUGAUUAGGGAUGCGGUAAUUGCUGGGUUAAGUUCGAUCAAUAUAAACAUUUUCAAAACUCUUGCUGAGAAUCUUCCUGACUCGAUGAACGAAUGGGAGCCGGAUAAUCACAAAAGAGAUAUUUCGGAGGACCGUGUGCGUAUUGAGAUUGUUCACAUUUUGAGUAUAAUUACCAGUCGCUUCAAGUCUAACAAUAUUCUCUACGAUGAUGAAACAACUGUUUCCAACCUUGUUUCAAUCAUUAAGAACGGCAAAGUAUUUCUAUCGGCUCCUUUCGUUCAAACUCUGCCUGAUUUUCAACGUUUGCGUUGCUAUUUUGCUGCACUUCUCGAGAACGUGUUUCUUGGGUUAAAAGAGAAACUGGACCUCGAUAACUGGUUGCCUUUUGAAGCACGUAUUGGCUGUUUUAACUACUUGAAAGAAUGGUGCGGAUAUGGUGAUUCCAAGGAUAUACUUGAAGAGAGAACACAAGUGAUGAUUUCGUUUGCGAAACAAUUCAAAGAGCCCGCUACAGCGAUUGGAUUGUUGGAAAUCGAUAUCAAAGCACUUCAAAUUGCAUCCUUGAGCUGUAUGGCCAAACUUUGCUCUGGAGCUUUAAAACAAUCAUUAGUAGUUCCAGGAAAAACUGCUGUUCUCUCUUUCGACAUAAAAAGCGUCAUGAAUUGGGUUCAUGAAAUCAUACUCUCGGACAACGAGAGGGUGCUUGAGAUGGGUAAAUCUGCACUAAAGAACAUAAUGGAUAUCAACAUCAACAAUGAUGAUAUUUACCAAGAGGUCUUGCGUCAGUGUUACAAUCCUGGCAACUCCGCAAAAGUAAAGGAAGUUUACUAUACCAACCUUGUGUAUGCUUUCCUCAAACAUAGGAAGAUUGAAAGUAUGCCUCACGAUAUUUUCUGCCUUUCGACCUUUUUGGUAGGCACUGACUCAUAUCUGACGAGAGUGUCGGCAAUUGAACUAUUGAAGUCCAUGGAAAGCAGAUUCCUAAAAACAACAACUGCAGAUUAUUUUACUGAAAGUGUCUGUUGUACAACCAUGGUCGUUUACAAGAAGGUUCUUUUUGAAAUUUCUGUAAAACUUGCUUCACUUCAUUCCAAAGACGCAUUUACGUUCAUCAGCUUUUUAACCAAGUACUUCAAUCUAGUGGGGAACUCUACAAGAAGGGAUAUCUUGGCUUGCUUGUUGCCAUGGGUUCAAACUGUCGAAUUGAAAUAUAAGAGCAAGGAGGAGGAAACAUUAUCUGAACCUCAAACGCAGUCUCAGCCCUUCAACAACGAAAUUGAUGCUCCAUCCUUGAUGGUGCUUAAUAAUUUAUUUGAAAUAACUGUGAAGUUCAGUAAAAAGAUAUCGAAUGAAGUUGAGGCUCUCUGGGUUGCUCUAGGGACAAAACAAAGCAAUUUCGACAUCAUUGUCGAAUACAUCAUGCGAAACUGUCUUGAAAGAAGAAAUUCGAGCUUCGUCUCUUAUUCAAGACAGAUCAUAGCUUAUCUUGUCUAUUCUCAGCCAGAUUCAUCCAUCAUUAUUAGUAGGAUGAUCGGGAAUUUACAACCCAAGGCAAUGAUACCUCAUCCUUUCUCUCUGGCGGCUUCUAGAAGGGCAGACCUUGUGGAGGGGUUCCCAUAUACUGCUAACUUGACUGAGUUGCUCUCGCAGAAUUCAAAAGAGUCUGCCUUCUCUUUGGGCCAAUUGUCAAUGGUCUUCUUAGUUGACUUGUUCCGAUCCAAUAACGAGAUGAUCAUUCCACAUUUGCCGUUGCUCUUACAUGUCUGUUUCUCGUUACUUGACCAUUAUUUCUACGUUGUACAAGAACAAGCUGCCUCGCUUCUUAUUUACCUAGUGCAUUCUAUUGCACCCAACACUCCCAAAUCGAUUCAGACAAUCGAGAUCUUAAGACAUAAAGAUCACUUUAAGUAUCUAUGGGUUUAUGAUGAUCUCAAUAAUGAUAAAAAAGGUGGCAUAACACCCAGAAAUAUGGACUCUUUGGUGAGAAAGAUCUUAGAAAUAUUUGCUCCAACAGUACCAAAUUUGCAAGCUGAUUGGAGUCGUGUUUCUUUAAAAUGGGCAACAACUUGUGCUGUGCGUCACAUUGCUUGUCGCUCUUUCCAAAUCUUUAGAUCUCUAUUAUCGUUCCUUGAUCAAGCAAUGCUAAAAGACAUGUUGCACCGUCUUUCUAACACUAUCGCUGACGAGUCGAGCGAUAUCCAAGGCUUCGCCAUGCAGAUCUUGAUGACUCUCAAUGCAAUCACUGCGGAGUUGGAUUCUGAGAGUUUGAUUGAUUUUCCUCAACUCUUCUGGUCAAGUGUCGCUUGUCUUUCAACAAUACAUGAACAUGAGUUUAUUGAGACUAUAUCAACGAUGUCAAAGUUUGUUUCCAAAAUUGAUCUUGACGCUCCGGACACCAUAUCCUGUCUUAUUUCGACUUUUCCACCCAAAUGGGAAGGUAGAUUUGAGGGUUUGCAGCAAAUCGUCAUGGUUGGUUUAAGAUCUUCAGUUGCUUGGGAGCCGACAAUCAAAUUUUUGGACAAACUCAAUCACUUGAAGGAUAGCGAAAUUAUUGGUUCUGGGGAUCACAGGCUUUUUGUUGCCAUCGUUGCUAAUCUUCCUAGGUUUCUCCAUGCACUUGAGGAGCAAAAUAUUACUCCUGAAAUUGAAGAGGCCUGCAAUCUUAUCGGGGAAAUGGCUGCCACGUGCAACAAACCGGCAUUGGCUAGAAUUUUGAACUCAGUGGCAAAGUCCAAAUUUCGCUCGAAGAAGGACUUUUUGGUUCAAACUAUAUCAACUAUACGAACCAGUUUCUUCCCUGACUAUGAAGCCCAGACUUUGGUUUUAUUGUUAAGUUUGCUUUCAAAUGAAAUUCCCUGGGUCAAGCUUGAGACCUUAAACAUAUUGAAGCAUACCCUUCCACUCGUGGAUUUGCUGAAGGAUGACUUCGUUGGUGUCGGUGCUGAUCUUAUCUCUCCAUUGUUGAGACUUCUUCUCACAGAGUACGCUGAGCCAGCGCUUGAAGUUCUCGAUGAAGCAGUGGUGAUAUCCGGAUCUCAGCUCGAUAAAGACAUCUUAAGAAUGAGUUUAGGAAAUUCUUCGAUGAAGAAAGAGUACGAGCAGACAGCCACUCUUUUUGGCAUACCGGAAUCCAGUGGGUGGGCUAUCCCUAUGCCAGCUGUUACUGCCGCUAGCACGAGAAACAACAUACAUGCAGUUUUUGAAACAUGUAACGAGAGCUCUACUGUUGAGGAAAAGCAAAAGGACUUUGCUGACGAGGAGAUUGAAUUCUUAAUGGAGGAUUACUACGAGUCUGAGGUGGAUCAUGCCGACGGUGCAUCUACGGUCAAUGAAGUGCCUGGUGCAACACUCAGCAAUAUGUGGGCGGCACUAGAUGAUUUCGACUCAUUCUUUACAAAGGAUACUGAUCAGAGGUCCAACUUGGUUUCUAAUAUGACUACCAAUGGAAAAAAUUUCUCCGGCAGAAAUGUCAAGCAGCAUGCCCAAUCGGCAUCCAUUGAUACCAAAGAGAGUACCAGUAGUGACUUGACGUCACCAAUUGAUUCCGCUCCACAUGUGUAUGACAAGAAAGCACUCGUCAUUUUGAACAGAAGUUUGGCUAGGACGCAAUCUAAUACGUCCUUUAAGAGCAGUUUAGCAGAUAACUUUGGCAGCCCUAAGGUAUAUGGGCCUCAAGAGAAUUCAGCAACUCGAAGAUCAUAUAUACCUUUUCGAAGCAGUCGGGUUGCUAAAAAGCUGGACUCCCUCACUACACCAACUAUGAAUACAGCUACCGCAUUCGAACAGCCUCCUCCGAAUAGCGCCAAAACGAUUAAAGGGAGCCCGUCGUUGUCUCUUCAACAUACAGUCAGCGGAGGCUCUCAGAAAGGACCAAUAGAUAUCCCGAAGCUUGAGUCGUCUACAAGAUUGGACAAUCUUUUGGGAGGCGGCCGGAAAAAGAAUCGGAAGUGA